AUGAGUAGUCACUCCUCCUCCUCCUCCUCCUCAUCAUCAUCAUCAUCAUCAUCACAAUAUCCAAUUCUAUGCGCUUCUUUCAAUCAAGACAACAGUGGUUUUGCGAUAAGCACCAGAGAUGGUUUCAAAAUUUUCGAUUCUAAUACAGGACGUCUCUGUUAUGAACGAGCUGCUGGAGCAUUUAUUGUCGUUGAAAUGCUAUACAGUUCUAGUCUUCUUGCCAUUGUUGGUGGUGGUGAACAGCCAUCUUUAUCUCCACGGCGACUCUGUUUGUUCAAUACCACAACCGGAACUGCUCUUCGCGAAUUGAAUUUCUUGACUUCAGUCCUGGCUGUUCGCUUAAAUAAAAAGAGGCUUGUUGUUGUUUUGCAAGAAAAGACUUACAUUUAUGACUCAAAUACACUAGCAAUAUUGGAUACCAUUGAUACAGUUCCAAAUGUAAAAGGACUUUGUGCAUUCUCUCCUAGUGUGGAUGGCUGCUUCUUGGCUCUUCCUGCAAGCACGACCAAAGGAUCUAUUUUGUUGUACAAUGUGAUGGAGCUUCAGUCACAUUGUGAGAUAGAUGCUCACCGUUCACCAUUGGCUGCGAUUGCUGUGUCUUCUAAUGGGAUGUACAUUGCAACAGCAUCUGAGCAGGGGACCAUAAUCAGAGUUCAUCUGGUAUCAGAAGCAACUAAGGUGAGCAACAAUACUCCAUGCAAAUGGGAAAAACUUAAGAACACUCUCAAGAAGUCAAGAAGAAGUGCUAAUAAUCUAAAGAGAUUGAUUAAUGAAAUAAACGUUAUUCAGAUCAUUAUUAUUGUUAUUGUUACUAUUACUUCAACUACUUUUGAUUGUGGAGUUAGUGUUGAUAAUCAGUUUGAUAGCAAAUGUCCAGGUAAACUUUUGAAGUUUUCGAAGGGGAGAUACCCAUCAACAAUAUUUUCCUUGUCAUUUGGACCAUCAACACAGCUUCCAGAUAUUCUUGUAGCCCUGAGUUCUUCAGGUUCCAUUCAUGUCUUCUCACUGGGUCUUGCCAUAAAUCAGAGAUGCAGAAGAUCAAGCAGUUUUCUUGGAUCAUUAUUACCUGAUUCUGUAAAUGAUGCAUUUGAUCCAGCUCAUCACCAUGUGCUUCGUAAUGCUGUUCCAGCGGGAGUUAAAAGCAAUGUGGUAGUGCGCAAGGUAGACAGGAUUGCCGACACAUGUUUAUCUGAAUCUGUAGCUUGUAGGGCCACUGUAUCGGUCAUUGCCUUUAAUGGGCAUUUUUUGGAGUAUACUGUAAAUAUAAACAGUCAGAACGAACCUAAAUGGAGUUUGGAGAGCGAAUUUAAUGUCUAG